AAAAUCUUUAAGCUACAAAAUAAGACGUUUCCCAAUCCUGUACGUUGCUCGGCUGAAGAGUUAUCUAUCUCACAAAACGUCACGGACUUACGUAAAAGUGGACUUUUACGUGGAAUGGCCGUGUAGUAGUUGAAUAUAGCAAGAAAACAAUUGCUGGUUAUUGUUGUCAAUGUCCAAAUGGAAACAGAACAUUCGGUUGUUGUAGUCAUGUAGCAAGUAUAAUUUGAUAUUUAGGUUUAGCAAGAUAUGAAUCAACAUUAUUAUAUUCAUCAUCAAAUAGUUAUAUUAAUUAUUUUAAAGAUGCUAAUGAUCUCUCGGAUUUAAGUUCAGACGAUAGUGAUGACGAUGAUACACUUUUUAGUUUAAUGUGA